GGGCGGCUGUCUCUCGCCUUCCAGACGGACCAAACCACAAAACAAAAACAAAUGUUUGACUGAUACAGCGAGGAAAGCAAAUCAGGAAAAAUUAACAAGUGUUUUCUUCGUUCGAUAACGAAAUACCAUUCAAAACUAGUGACAAACGAAUUGUGUUUAGUGUCUGGUACGAGCCGGUUGUUUUGAAAUAGCGUAUUUUGGUGAUCUUGCUUCUAAAACCCCGGGGGCUUACAUUUGCUACUCGGUGGAGCACCGCAGGCUGAAUAAUUGGACACAAUGGCUAACGAUAGGGAAAUUUUGCGAGAAAUCUGGGAGGGCAAAAUACCAAUCCACCUUCAAUUGUCACCAGAUGAGACGGAUGUCGCGCCCGAUGAGUUUUUUCUGCUUAUUCCCAGACUUAGCUAUUUUCCGCUGGUGACCGAUAAGGUGCGGAAACAUUUUUUGAAAUUUGUAUCCAAUGAGUUACAGGACGGGGAGAUGUGGCUCGAUAGCAACGGAACUCCACUUAAGUGGCACUACCCGAUAGGAGUGCUCUUUGAUCUUCUAGUCGGUAGUGAAGCCAUUUUACCCUGGCACAUCACAGUUCAUUUUUCCAAGUUUCCAGAGGAUGUUCUAUUUCGGUGUCCAAAUAAGGAUAUCGUGGAGGCACAUUUCAUGUCUAGUCUAAAAGAAGCGGAUGUGCUGAAGCACCGCGGCCAGGUUGUCUCAGCGAUGCAGAAAAAAGAUCACAAUCAGCUUUGGCUGGGAUUGGUCAACGAUAAGUUUGAUCAAUUUUGGGCCGUUAACCGCAGACUGAUGGAACCUAUCCCGGACCAGGAUGGUUUCAAGCACAUUCCAGUUCGAUGUUAUGCCGAGGAUGGCUCCUAUCAGCAAAAGCUAGUCGCACCCAGUACCGAAACGGGUCAGAAACGCACCCUGCAGGAUCUUCUGGAGGACUUCUCGACACCUGUCCGGAAAGCAGUGGAAGCACGGACCCACGGUGUCACCGUUCCGGAAAAUACUCCCCUGCAGUGGCUUUCGGAACAUCUCAGCUAUCCGGAUAAUUUUCUGCAUCUCUGCCUCAUCAUCGCUUAGUCCAGUCGCUCGCUUUUCCUUGACGGUGCCAGAACUGUGACUGCGACACGGAGCGGGUAAGUCUCAGGAAUCGAACACUCGACAACGAGAAGGAACUUUGUUUUUCGGAGUUCUUCAAAAAAUUGACAACCAUUUCGAGAGCAGGCAGUCGCUUCACACCGUUCUCGGCUACGAAUCGUUCUUGUACCGAGGGCGAACAUUUCUACAGCACAGCAUAGACUUUUCCUGUUGGACAUUGCAUCAUGUAUUUGUAUAUGUAUUUGUAGUCAUAGUUGGGACUCGCAGUGGACAUUUAAUCUGUAAGCAUAAAAUAAAAUACUAUAAAAGUCAUCUAAAUUAUGGCUUGCUUGCUCGGUGCUGAUCGCAUACUCUCGCCUCUCGCCGCGUUAUGUUUUUUUCUGUUGUGAUAGACUACGAAACAAAAAGAAAGAUAAAGAAGCAACCGAAAUGAGUAAUAAAGCGGAGACCAUCACAUGGCAUCAAAAACUGACCAUCUGUGAAA